AGUCAGUGCCGGGAGCGCUGCUAUGGCGUUCCUCGGACCCGCGGCUCCUCCUCACACUGUGCUCGAGGCGGAGGCUAGGAGAGGGCCGAGGAGGAGGAGGCGGGCGCCUGGCCGCCGCAAUUGCAGAGCCGGGGCCAAGGGAGGCGGAGGCGGAGCGGGAGCCACCGCAGCCAGCCGGGCCGCCUGCAGUGCUCCCCUGGCUUGAGGGCGCCGGGCGCCUGCUAUGCCUCGGUGUGGCCACUGAAGCCAGGCGCCGGCGUCCCCGCCGCUGUGCCUCGCUGUCCGGCUGCCCGCGGCGGGAGUACGGAGCCGCCAGCCAGCCAGCGGUGGCGCGAGCGCGGGAGCGCGGGGCAGGAGGAGGCGGGGAAGAUGGACCCGGCUCCCUCGUUGGGCUGCAGCCUCAAGGAUGUGAAGUGGAGCCCAGUGGCCAUGCCGCUCGACCUGCUGGUCAGCACCUACCGGCUGCCCCAGAUCGCGCGGCUGGACAGCGGAGAAUGUGUGGAAGGGCUUCGGGAGAAUGACUACCUGCUGAUCCAUUCAUGCCGGCAGUGGACGACCAUCACUGCCCAUAGCCUGGAAGAAGGUCACUAUGUCAUUGGGCCAAAGAUUGAGAUCCCUGUACAUUAUGCAGGACAAUUCAAGCUGCUGGAACAAGACCGGGACAUAAAGGAGCCGGUGCAAUAUUUCAACAGCGUGGAGGAAGUGGCUAAAGCAUUUCCUGAACGUGUGUACGUCAUGGAGGAGAUUACAUUCAACGUGAAGGUUGCGUCGGGUGAGUGCAAUGAAGACACUGAAGUUUACAACAUCACCCUGUGCACUGGGGAUGAACUCACCCUAAUGGGGCAGGCGGAAAUCCUUUAUGCAAAGACCUUCAAGGAGAAGUCACGUCUCAACACCAUCUUCAAAAAGAUUGGGAAGCUCAAUUCCAUCAGCAAGCUGGGGAAAGGCAAAAUGCCCUGCCUCAUUUGUAUGAAUCACCGGACCAAUGAAAGCAUCAGCCUUCCAUUCCAGUGCAAGGGUAGAUUUAGCACCCGAAGUCCCCUGGAACUUCAGAUGCAGGAAGGAGAACACACCAUUCGAAAUAUCGUGGAGAAGACUCGACUCCCCGUGAAUGUGACAGUGCCCAGCCCCCCACCCAGAAAUCCCUAUGACCUCCACUUCAUUAGAGAGGGGCACCGCUACAAGUUUGUGAACAUCCAGACCAAGACAGUGGUGGUGUGUUGUGUGCUGCGCAACAACAAGAUCCUCCCCAUGCACUUCCCUUUGCACUUGACUGUCCCCAAGUUCAGCCUCCCGGAACACCUGAAGGGAGACAUGUGGCCAGAAACCCUAGUCCAUCACUGGCUUGGUAUCUGCCAAGAGCAGUUUGACAUCGAUGAGUAUUCACGGGCUGUGCGCGAUGUGAAAACGGACUGGAAUGAAGACUGCAAGAGCCCCAAAAAGGGCCGCUGCUCUGGCCACAACCAUUUACCCAAUUCCCUCAGCUAUGCCCGUGAUGAGCUCACCCAGUCCUUCCACCGACUCUCAGUCUGUGUAUAUGGCAACAAUCUCCAUGGCAAUAGUGAGGUGAAUCUCCAUGGCUGCAGGGACCUUGGGGGAGAGUGGGCCCCUUUUCCUCAUGAUAUCCUUCCCUAUCAAGACUCUGGUGACAGUGGGAGCGACUACCUUUUCCCGGAAGCUAAUGAGGAGUCAGUGGGCAUCCCGGGGAAAACAGAAGUUCCCUAUGAAGAGCUGUGGCUGGAGGAAGGCAAGCCGGGCCGCCAGCCUCUCACUCGCUCACUCAGUGAGAAGAGCAGGUGCGACACCUUGAGAGGCUCCACGAGGUCCACAUGUGCACCCUCUUCUCCUCCCGCCCCUGCGACCCUGGGAGCCACAAUUAAGUCUUCAGAAAUCGCCCUACCUCCACCUCCAGUGCCUCCCAAAUCUGAAGCUGUCAGGGAAGAAUGCCGGCUCCUGAACGCCCCGCCUGUGCCGCCCCGAAGCGCAAAGCCUUUGUCCACAAGUCCCUCCAUCCCCCCUCGCACAGUCAAGCCAGUCCGGCCACAGACAAGAUCUCCAAGCCCCACCCUGUCUUACUAUUCUUCAGGACUGCAUAACAUCAUCACUCAGAGCGAUACAAGUCCUCCCAACAGUGCUCCUGUGUCCUGCUACCCCUGCACCCGAGUGAAGAGCGACUCUGCAGACCCCAAGUCCCCAUUUGGAAGUCCUUGUGCUGAAGCUCUGUCCUCCCGGCUCUCGUGGCCCAACCAUUACUCAGGAGCAUCGGAGAACCAGACAAGGAGUGACUUUCUGCUCGACCCGAGCAGGAGCUACAGCUACCCCAGACAGAAGACACCUGGCACACCAAAGAGAACCUGCCCAGCCCCUUUCGAUUUUGAGGGUUGCGAGCUCCUGGGCAGCCCACCCAGCACGACCUCUGCAGAGUUCAGUAGCAGCGGUGUCUCCAGUUGCCCCAAGUCAGCCAGCUACUGUCUGGAGAACUCCGAGGACAACUCCUUUGCAGCUGGCAUGACCAAGCAGAGCGUCUCCUGCCCUGCCUUACCCCCAAGGGCCCCAAAGCCAGUGGAACAGAAAGCCACCCCUGAGACAUCUCCUUUGCCUCUGAAAAUUGAUGGUGCUGAGGAGGACCCCACAGCAGGGUCGCUGGACCUCUCGGAGGACCAGUAUUUUGUCAGAAAGGGCAUGCAGGACAUCUUCUCUGUCUCUUACCCUUUCUCUUCUCCGCUCCACCUCCAGCUGGCCCCCAGAUCCUGUGGGGAUGGUUCCCCAUGGCAGCCACCUGCUGACCUAUCAGGACUCUCUAUAGAGGAAGUGUCCAAGUCUUUGCGGUUCAUUGGUUUGUCUGAAGACGUCAUAGCCUUCUUUGUCACUGAAAAGAUCGAUGGGAAUUUACUUGUUCAAUUAACAGAAGAGAUCCUCUCAGAGGAUUUCAAACUAAGCAAACUGCAGGUAAAGAAAAUAUUGCAGUUUAUUAAUGGCUGGAGGCCCAAGAUAUAGUAGCCAAAUGGUCCCAUCUGUCAUGAGACAGAGCUAAGAAGCGUGUGCUGGAAGGGGUGGGCUAGGACACAGAUUCAUGUUUUUGCACUUAAACAAAACAAAACAAAACAAAACAAAACAAAACCUUCUCUGUAAAUAGAGAUAAGAGAAAGUCUUACUAUGCAGAUUCCGUUUCCGAAUGGUGAACAGGCUAUUUUGUACAUCAAUAAAGAUGCUAUACAGAACACUUAGAGGUGUGCCUUGUACGUCAUUCAACAUUCAACAGCUGCUAAAAGAACUAAAGUCAUAUCCAGAGAACUCAUUUGUAUCCCCAGUAGGUCUUGGAGAAGGCAUGGUAUUUAUUACAGAACAGCCAAAGCUGAAACACAUAAACACUUGUGAGCAGUUCGCUUCCUGGGGAGUCAGCGGUGGACAGUUCAUUGUAUUCUACAGCUCGAUUUGCUUCCUGCCAGUUGUUUUCCUCCUGUGCCUGACGAUGUUAGUGGUGUGAAAUGACACUUUAAUGUUCUGUGCUUGGUGGAGACCUUUUUAUCAAAAGGCGUUUUCCAAAAAUCAUGUUUUGAUAGAGGAUAUCUGGUGUCCUUAGGAAUGACACAAAUCAUGACCAUUACGUUUGAUCUGUAACUGCUGCUAGUUUCAUUGAGCAGAGGAAAAAAAAAGAAAAGAAAAAAUAAUAAGAUAUGUGUGUGUGCGCGCGCACAGUUGUGUUUUAAUGUAGUUUUUAAUCUGAUAUUUUUAGAUAACAUCUUUUUACUUUAUAAUAUCCACUGAGGUUCCCAGGCUUUGAACUGAAUGGAUUCGCUCAAGAACAGUUGGCGUAAUGAACAAUCCCAAAGAGUCUCAGAACCUGAACUUUGAAGCUUGGCCUCCUAGGCUCUAGCCCUGAAAACUCAGAAGCAAUCAGGAAAGAUUCUGUUGAAGAAUUUAAUGUGCUCUGUAAGCCCGUGGGAGGACUGACUCUUGCAUAUCUGUGCUGACAUUUGGGAAAAUGACAGCUGCUUUGGAACUUUCAUCCUGUCCUCCUGUGUACCCCAGUGAGAGGUCUGAAAAGCCUUUCUCCACAAAUGUGAGGUCUGCUCAGCACACCUCUUGUGUUAGGAAACCUCGUGACUCAGACAGACCACCUCUCUAUUAUAUAUGCCAUAUCUCUGCACUGAUUCCUAAGAUACCAAUAAGAGUACUUGCUAAUUCCAUAGUCGACCUCUUUCUCCUCUUCUAAAACACCGUAACUAUCAUACUUUUAUUCUGAGAAUUCCAGAACAUGUCUAAGGAUUUUGCUAAAUGUGAUUAAAUACCCCAAACUGUACCAUCACUUUCUUUCUCUUGACUGUUUGAAGGCAUAUAACCUCAAAGAGUUCCACUUUUUUCUGAGCAACAUAUCCUCCACAUAAUCCCUGAGUCUGUCCCCAGAUUCUCACUGGACAGACAUCCUGUUAGUGAGAUGCACACCUGAGCUGCUCAAGUAAGAUUGUUUGACCACCAGGAGUCAGUGUAUCCUGAACAGAUGACCAUAUUUUAUCAUGUCUUCCUGUUCACCAAAAAAAGAAAAACCCACCAGUCCAGGUUUGCAGACAUGUAAGUAUGUCAUUAUUUCUUGCCAUUAGAGAUCUACUUAAUAACAUCUUGUGAUCUAGAGUUGAGAUGAAUUGAUACUUUGUCUAAUUUCUCAUCUCUGAUCUCAUUACUAAGAAAUGGCUUUUAUCCCUUCCUAACAUACAAUCCAAAUGUAAAUACUACACUGCAAGUAAAAAGAAUCGUCCAUCAAACAGGCAGCUAGAAUGCUUCAGGAGUCAGUAAUGAAUCUAUGAAGUUUCCAUACUGCUCUCUCACACUCAAGACUCAUGGAGAGUUUUCAGAAAGCAGCCGUAUACAAGAGGAACUAACUCCUUAGAAAGUUAACCUGUCUUGAGAAAAUUAACUUCCAUCAAGAAUAAAGACAGACAUCUUGCAAUGGAGACACUGCAGGUCCCCACUGGAAACCCUUUCUUUAUCCAUCCUUCAGCACCCAGCCCUUGGCCAUGAUUUUCAAACUCAGAAGCAAGCCCUAAGUUUGGUUUGCAUUUGCUGUGAAGGUUGCCCCAUGUAAACAACUGACUCCUUUGGUCUUUGCAAGAACCUUACAUAAAACAAGAUUUUCAGUCUUCUUUUAGUCUAUUUGCUUUGGCCUGGCUUACUUAUGCCAAGUCUGUUUUGACUGGUAUCCUGGAGCCUCCCUUAGAGCAAGGAUUGGCCUUAGGGUCAAACAUUCAUUGUACAUUCGAUAAGCACCUUCUGUGUGCCAGACCCGAGGCUGAGAAAAUUCCUAACCCCUACCCUCUUGGAACUCGUUGAUGUUUCAAAAUCACAGUUGCUGACAGUGUAUAUGUGCACGAGAGACUAUGAACGUUUCCUGGAAGCUGGAUUCGUGGAGUCCCAUAUUUAAGGAGCCCACAGAUGGAAGCAAUGGCAGGUGCCUCUAAGACACACAAUAAAUGCCCCCAGACGUUGGCAAACACCCCCUGACGCUUGGACUAUAUUAAAGGAGAAAUGCAUCUGUCUCCUCCGCCCCUAUUCUCUUUCACUGACUUGGAAUUUUUUAAUGAUAAUCGGUACUGGCAUUUCUAAAAGCCACAAAUAAGUAUAAUUGCCACUUCUGAGCUGAGCACCUGUCUGAGGAGGAUCCUGACUAGACAAGGAAUUCAUAAACCAGAGAGAAUCAGACAGGCUACAUAGAGCAGAAAGCAGAAACACCCCUUGCCUUCUGAACCCUACAGUGGAACCUCUUCCAUAACCAGCCAGGUCAAGACAAUACCUCCAUCCGUGGCAGGUUCCCUACCGUCCAGUGAGGGACAGUGGUACUUGUGGAGAAGUGCUGUCUAAACAGGAUCUUUGGGGGAAUCCUUAAACUCAUGGCUAAAAUCAUCUUCCUGCCCCUCCCCUGUCAGAAGAGACCGUGUCAGCAGUAAGCCGAGCCAAGCAGCUAAAAUGUAAAAUACGAAAUCAAUUCAGAGAGAAAACUCAAGUGUUCACCCACCGCUUCCUUCAUAGAAUCUUCCAGACGCCUGCAAGUUCUGUCUUUAAGUUGAACUGCUCAAAUUUAUGAACUGUGAAAUGUCCACAUCUACUCUCUCAGCCCACAUAGACCAUUCAAAUUUAUGAAGUUGUAUCAAACUGCCCAUUCAGCUAAAUUGCAGUGUUUAUUCCUGUCCUGCAGAAAUGCCACAACCUUAUGGGAAAUGUGACAGCCCAUUCCAGCUGAUCAGAUACAUACAUAAACAACUUCCAUUCACACUGCAGAGCCACCUGCACAGCAUCUGUCCGUAUGCGCCCUUGUGAAGUUCAGGAGCUUGGAGUGGAUGGAUGGAGAACCCAUCAUUUUCCUAGUGCUUUGUGUAAUAAAUCAAGCCUCAUGCCUGUCUUCUGUAAGUAUAUUCCCUUAAUAACAAACUGGGAAACACAAAGUUUUUCAAGGAGCCCAGGAAAUUUGAGUUGCAGUCUACCAGAAAAAGUUCCAUCUAUUGGUGGACACAGGAGGCUUUGAGAAACAUGCCCAUUGUAUGAAUUCCCAUUGCUUUUCUCGAAAUCUGAAAGCUGCUAAGGCAAAAGAAUCAAAGUCCCAGAGGACAAAUGAUGUAAACAGAACUUUGGUUAUACUGUAGGUUUGUAAUGUAGGACUCUGUGGCUGUGUCAUGUCAGGUCACAUUUCUGGGUUUUCAGGAAGUCUUGUUUUAUACUUUGACUCAUUGUGAUAGCCAGAAACACAUAAGCGUGAGUGUGCUUCAAACUAGGUGCAAGUGUUGUCUGCGGUUGUCUCCCUCUGCCCACCGCCGAGGCUACGCUUCUUUGUACUAGAGCUUAGCAGAGGGUGAGCUCCUUUGGUUUACAAUCUCCUGUAGGAUAGGGCUUCCGUAAUUCCCUAGCCAUAAACCUGUCCCCUGUUUUCAUAUGUUCCAUUUGGAAUAGUGUUUCAGCUAAAAGGAAGGAAGGAAGAAAGGAAGGAAGGAAGGAAGGAAGGAAGGAAGGAAGGAAGGAAGGAAGAAAAGGACCCCAAGAACUUGGGCAUUUUCCUUCACUUAAAUGGAAAUUGUAUUUUCUAAGAAUUUGGAAGUCUCUGUACAGUUUCUGGGCUGGGAGAACAGUGGGUUGCUAGCCACACAUCAGCAGUUCAUUGUGUUGCUCUCCGGAGCAUUAUUUAAUGGGCCCAAUGUGUACCUCAAGAUAAAUGCAGUAUAUUAUGUCUAAAAAAGAAAAAUCCGUUGUCUGUUGAUUUAAAUGGUUCUGAAAUGUCUAUAAAUAAAGAAAAUUUCAAGUUU